UUUAAAGGGUUGUCCUGAAGGUCUCAGCAUUUACCAUUUUUGCUGAGGAACACCGGACACACUCUCCCUUCUAGGAAUCAUACUGUUUCUAAAUAUCAAGGAGUUUUAGCAGAAGCAGUCCCCUAAGGAAAAACAUGAAAAUAUGUACAUUAUUAUACAAAGAAGCCUUACACCUACAGCAGCUGUCAACACUUGUGGAGGCCCACACCCUGCUAAUUCUGCUCCAGAGGCAUAAACCCUGUCACACUGUCCUUUCUGAGGCUAUGCUGGACUUGGCAGUCUUCACUCCUUACAUGGCUAACCCUGUUCAUAGGGCAAAUACUUUUUUUUCAGCUAGCACCAUGCUUUCUCCUCUUCCUCCAGGCAUAGAUUCAUAGAAUCUCCCAAGUAACAGACAACCAAAUGCUCCUACACUCAUACCUCCCAAUGAGCAGGAUCUCACCCACUCUGGACUCCCACACAAGGCUGUCCCUUUUCAGCAGGAAGUAGCCAGAUCUGAAUCGUUGCCCCUUUACGCAAAGAGAUUGGGAAGGUAGGCUGGAACCCCUGCUCAUCUCCUGCUCAAGCUGGAAAACCUAGUCUGCCCUCUUUCCAACCCCACCGCCAAAGACACUCUCUCCCUUGAAGAAAACGUUAUCACUCAUCUCCCCGUUUCCAGCAACCCACCCAGUCCAAGGACUUAGUUUUUGACCAUGUAUGGACACUGUCCCAGCUCCUAGUUGGCGCUUCAUCAUUUCUCCCCUAAACUCUAUGAAACCCCCUUGCUUUAGCCCAAAUGUGUGACUUCACUGACCUCCACCUGUGAGAUCGGUGAACCCACCCGAGAACUACCUGCAAAUAAACCUGCCUUACUUACUUUUAAUCUGGCCUAUAUCUUUGCCAGUGAGAGAGAGAGAAUGCCUAUCAUGUACACUUCAAAGUGUUCAUAACCUAAAAUUGGUGGGGGGAAAUAUGAUGUGCUUGGGAGGGGGGGGGGGCAUUCCUUUUGCUUUUUCACAGAAAGGACACUCAAAAGAUGAGCGUGAUUGGUGUGAAGUCCUCGCAGUGUGCGCUGGAAGCACUGCUCCUGGAAUGCAGUUGAAGCCUGCUUGAGAAAUGCCAAAACCUCGAGAGCGGUAGGGCGGGCGCCACCAUCCGCAGAGGGGAGGCGAGCCGGGGCCAAGACGGGCUGUCUCCGGCCGGCACGAACUCCGGCACACGAGACUUCCAAGAGAGCGGAAGCCAGAGCGUCGGAUUUCAGAGCGGGGGCGGGGAGUCGCCCACGCAGCCCGCGGCCCUCAUCCCGAGCGGGAGCGCGCCGUGGGCAACUCGGACCGCGGGAGCGAGUGGAGGAUGCUGGGAAAGAGGUAACAUGGCCACCGGCGGCGGAGCGGAGGAGGAGCCACAGCGGAGCCAGCCGCAGCUCCCGCUCCCCGCGUGCCCCGUGGCAGGCGCCGAGGAAUCCGAGGGCGUCCGCGAGAAGAUGGGCUGGGCCCAGGUGGUUAAGAACCUGGCGGAGAAGAAGGGCGACUUCCGCGAGCCGCGGCGGCGCGACGAAGCAGGCAGCGGUGUGAGUGGCGGGCUCGGCAGCCCCGGGGGCCUGGCCGCCUCGAACCCCGGCGAUUUCCCACCUGCGGCUCGCGGGGACCCAAAGGGCCGCCGCAGGGACCCUACGGGUGAGGCGGCAGACGCUUACAGGAAGAAGGGCGGGAGCGGCGCGGGAGACCCGAGUCGAAGGAAGAAGGCCGAGGUGACGGCGGCCAUGGCGACCCCCGCCAGGCCCGGCGCGACCGAAGAUGCAACGGAGCGACCGCUACAGGACGAGCCACCGGCUGCCGGCCCGGGUAAGGGCCGCUUCCUCGUGCGCAUCUGUUUCCAGGGAGACGAGAGUGCCUGUCCGACCCGGGACUUCGUGGUGGGUGCGCUCAUCCUGCGCUCCAUCGGCAUGGACCCUGACGACAUCUACGCGGUCAUUCAGAUCCCCGGCAGCCGCGAGUUCGACGUGAGCUUCCGUUCCGCAGAAAAGCUAGCCCUGUUUCUCCGCGUCUACGAGGAGAAGCGAGAGCUGGAGGACUGCUGGGAGAACUUUGUGGUUCUGGGGCGGAGCAGAUCCAGCUUGAAGACCCUCUUCAUCCUCUUCCGUAACGAGACCGUGGACGUGGAGGACAUCGUGACCUGGCUCAAGCGCCACUGCGACGUGCUAGCCGUGCCCGUGAAAGUGACCGACAGGUUUGGGAUCUGGACCGGGGAGUACAAGUGUGAGAUCGAGCUGCGCCAGGGAGAGGGUGGAGUGAGACACCUGCCCGGGGCCUUCUUCUUGGGAGCGGAGAGGGGUUACAGCUGGUACAAGGGGCAGCCCAAGACGUGCUUCAAGUGUGGUUCCCGGACCCACAUGAGCGGCACCUGCACGCAGGACAGGUGUUUCAGGUGCGGGGAAGAGGGGCACCUGAGCCCUUACUGCCGGAAGGUCAUCGUGUGCAACCUCUGUGGCAAAAGAGGACACGCUUUUGCCCAGUGUCCCAAAGCAGUUCACAAUUCCGUGGCAGCUCAGCUCGCCAGCGUGGCGGGGCACUGAACGCGCGUCUGCCUGCCAGGGUGAAUACACAGCCAGCUUACCCCUCUUAUUAAGUGCCAAAACUUUUUUCUUUAGACCAUUUUUUUUAUCGUUUUGGAUGGAAAUAUUUCUAAAACCUACCAGAGACGUGUUCUCUAUGCCUUUUUAAAACCGCGUGUGCUCCUUUUUGGCCUGUUUGAAAUGGUGAAUUUUACUAGUAAGGACUAUUCGGAACCAUAGUGUACAGAUACGUCGCCUGUCUUUUUUUUCUUUCUUUCUUUCUUUCUUUCCAGUUUUGUAUUUGUUUUUGAUACUUUCGUCGACACCUCCCCUUCCGCCGCUUACGUUUUACUACCUCCCUCAUACAUCGGCUCCUUAGAUUUUUGCCCUUUGGGCCGCCUUGCUCAUCUCCAUGCCUCCGCCCAGGGUACAGGGCCCAACGCGGGAUAGACCCUCUAUCAAGUGUUUAUUGAAUCAAAACGUUGAUUGAUGACUGGCUUCUGUCAGGAGUUGUCUACCUUGUGCAGCUCUCUGCUGGGCCCUUUUCAUUUGCUGCUUCUAUGUGGUAUCAGACUUUGUGAAAACAGUGUUGCUAGAAGUGUGUAUUCUGAAUAAGCUCUGAAUGGUGGCCAAGGGCCUCUCGUGGCAAAAAUAUAUAUAUAUAUAUAUAUAUAUACCUACAUAGUGACCGCUCCGUGUGGUGGCUGAGAAGCCAUAUUUCUACAAGAUCAUGGAGCCUAGGCUUACCUGCUGGAAAAGACCCAAGAGGUGUUUUUUGUUGGGUUUGGGAGGAGGAUUGCAAGGGUCUCUCACUGCGUCUCCCCUUGGCCGGCUUGGAACUGGCUGCAUUCAUUGAACAGGCUAGCUGCAGACUUGAAGUGACUCCCAACUCCUGCCUUUGUCUCCCUUUGCUUUUCCAGCAGAUAAAGUGAACCCAGAGAAGUUAAAUGACUGGGAGAAAGUACACAGCGUGGUGCCUCAGAUAGCCCAUAGUAGAGUCCCCUGACCCCAAGCCCGGUGCUCAUCCCACUACCUCUCACACUUCACAACACAACAAUCUCCUCGACACUGGUGGGCCAAGGGAGUCUGCUCUCCACGGUGAUGAUCCCAGCAGUGCUGAGAAAUCAUCCUGAAAGAGCAGAGAAAGCUUGACUUACUGCUUGGGAGCUAGGGAAGGAAGAGACUAGGAGCAGUACACUCUAGGCUGCCUGCUUCCGCCCUUGGAGUGCAUCUUAAAUGUUCCAGGGCCGUCCCCUUCCUCUGUCACUGUCACCAGUGAGAAUCGGUUCCCCUCAGUAAAGAAACUUACCAGACGUUUACAUUUGCACCUCUGCCUCAGCCACUAGGGACCCUAGAGAAGCUCAUCCGCUUUAACCUUUAACCUCUGACCCUCAAGAGAAAGGUGGUUUUAGCCCAGAAUCAUGAGUGAGCUGUAAACUAGAAAAUGUUCUUGGGGAAAACAGGCCAAUACAGGACCUGGGUCAAUUAAGUGUUACCAAGUUAAAGUGAAAGGCGGUAAACUGCUUUUCUUCAGUUGUCUUCUCUUUGCUGUUUGCUAUUUCCUUGUGGCUUGGAAUGUAAAAUCAAUUGUUAAGAUUUGUUCUGAAUAAAUAUUUAUCUUUCGUA